AUGUUAGACAUCAGAAUAGCGUUCGAGGACCAGCCGGCCAACAGCACCACGUUUGAGAACCACCCGGCCAACAGCACCACGUUUGAGAACCACCCGGCCAACAGCACCGCGUUUGAGAACCAGCCGGCCAACAGCACCACGGUUGAGAACCAGCCGGUCAACAGCACCACGGUUGAGAACCAGCCGGUCAACAGCACCAUGUUUGAGAACCGCCCGGCCAACAGCACCAUGUUUGAGAACCAGCCGGCCAACAGCACCACGUUUGAGAACCACCCUGCCAACAGCACCAUGUCUGAGAACCAGCCGGCACCGGCCAACAGAACCGUAUUUGAGAACCAGCCGGCCAACAGCACCACGAUUGAGAACCAGCCGGCCAACAGCACCACGUCUGAGAACCAGCCGUCUAACAGAACCGUAUUUGCAUAUGCCACCACGUCAAGCUCGGUUCUAUUCACGUGGCUUGCGUAA